AUCACGCAUGCGCACAAAUGAAAACGCGCAUGAUGCUGAUCGCUCGGUAAUUCAUAGGAGCGGACAGCGUCAAAAGCGAAGCCGAACACCGGUAGCUCAAAACCGACUGGAAGCGCAUUAUGAGGUUCCCUAACAGAAAACUACGCACGGCGGUGGAUGGAGAAGACUCGGGCGUUUCUGCGCACUUCAAAAAUCCUUUCGUGCACGAGUUGAGAUUUACUCCUCUGCAGAAACUCAAGAUAGCUGUGAUGACCAUGACCCUGUUCCCUGUUCGUCUGCUCUUUGCUGCGUUCAUGAUGUUACUGGCCUGGCCCUUUGCAUUCAUGGCUACUGUUGGCCGUUCUGAGGAUGCAGUUGAACCUCUAUCCUGGUGGAGGUGGCUGGUAGAUCUGGUCCUAAAGGCCAUCAUGAGAGCCAUGUGGUUUUCCGGAGGGUUUCAUUGGGUCCGUGUGAAGGGCCGGCCGGCGCUGCCCAGUGAAGCACCCAUCCUCACAAUGGCCCCUCACUCAUCCUACUUUGACGCCAUCCCUGUCACCAUGACGAUGGCCUCUAUAGUGAUGAAGACUGAGAGUAAAGACAUUCCAGUCUGGGGCACUCUUAUCAAAUUUAUCCGGCCCGUGUUUGUGUCCCGCUCGGAUCAGGAUUCUCGGAGGAAGACUGUUGAGGAGAUCAAACGCAGAGCUUGUUCUGAUGGCGAAUGGCCUCAGAUCAUGAUAUUCCCGGAGGGCACAUGCACCAAUAGAUCCUGUCUCAUCGCAUUUAAGCCCGGUGCGUUCAUCCCUGGAGUUCCCGUGCAGCCUGUGUUGUUGCGGUAUCCUAAUGAGAUGGAUACAAUCUCAUGGACGUGGCAAGGGCCGGGAGCGUUUAAGAUUCUAUGGCUCACAUUAUGUCAGCUACAUAACUCCAUAGAAAUAGAGUAUCUUCCUACGUACACCCCGUCAGAGGAGGAGAAGAAGGAUCCAGCCCUGUUCGCCAGCAAUGUAAGACACAUCAUGGCCAAGGCGCUUGGGUUGCCCAUUAUUGAUUACUCCUUUGAGGACUGCCAGCUUGCUAUGGCCAAAGGGCCUCUGCGUUUACCCAGACACACCUGUUUGCUGGAGUUUGCCAGACUGGUACGACGUUUGGGCCUGAAGACGGGGGUCACUGAUGAAGUCCUGCACGAGGAAGCCUUUAAGGUCCGUAAGCUGUGUGGAAGCAGACUGGACGUGGAGGGAUUUUCUCAGUACCUCAACCAACCCUUGACAGAAGCAGUCCAGGACAUCUUCUCACUUUUUGAGGAGCACGGGAAGAUGGAUGUGAGAGAGUAUGUCAUCGCCUUGUCUGUGGUUUGUAGACCUUUCAGAUAUCUGGAGACCAUUAAACUGGCCUUCAGGAUGUUUGAAGCACAGGAGGAUGGAGCAGUUGUAGAAGAUGAGUUGGCCGUCGUUCUGAAAACCGCUCUGGGAAUUGGAGAUUUUGUUGUUUGCGAUCUCUUCAGGGCCAUAGAUUGUCAAGACAAAGGAAAGAUCACAUUUGAUGAUUUUUGCCGGUUUCUGGAGAAUUGUCCUGAUUUUGUGGAGCAGUACCACUGUCUCCAUGAGCCGAUCCCUCAACCCUCCAGAGAAUCCACAUCACCCUCUUCAACUAACGGCUUCUGUGCUGACUUCAGCCCUCGAGAUCCCAGCACUCGCAGCGCUGCACACAGCAAGAAACAGGACUAAAAGCAGCUUUUACUAUCACAGCCUUUGUGUGUGCAUGUGGGUGUACUUCUGUCUGCAGGAGAGGUGAUGACAGACGAAAUCUUGAAGUUGAAUUGGAAUUUGCAUCUGGGUACAUUACCCUAGGGAGUCUUCCAGAGUUCUGUUCAAAAUCCUUCAGUCAUUUAUUUUUUUAUGCCCUCGAAGAACCUGUCUUCAAGGCAGUUAGUUUUCUGACAGAUCUUACAAAUGGAAACAAAUGACUUAAUUUGUAUAUCUUUUUCUUGACAUUUUAAUAGAUUUUCUAUAUAAAGUGUUGUUUGCUUUAUAACACAAGAGUGUGGUUUUAAUAUACGCAAAACAACAAAAGUCUUGGCUGAUGUUCUUCAGGGUGUUGAGGUGCAAUAUUAAGGUGAUAUUUCAACAUGUACCACCACAUGCUUCACACAAAUAUUAGUAUAAAGAAAAUUUGAGUGAACCUGUGAAAGUCUCAGAGUGGGUUUUAGAUGAAAGGAAUUUUUCAGAAAAUCCUCUGUUGUGCUAGAUAAUUAAAGAUAUCUGACAAACAAAUUCACACUAUUUGUGAUGGAUUUGUGUUUAAGAACAUAAUAAUAAUACUGGUAGCCUGUCCUGUUUAAAAUCACUAGUGUUGUCAGUAUGAUU